CAGAAUACCACGGUCUAGUUUUGGACUUGGGAUCUUCCCUUAGGCUUUAAUAGGUAAAUGGGGGUCAUGCGUACCAGUACGCGAAUUUAUAACAUUUAGUGGCACAGCAAGCAUGAAAUUAGAGGCAUGAAGAAGAAAAACACAUUCUGCUUAUGUUCAGUCAGUAUUGGUAAGAUAAAUGAUUAGCAGAUAUUGUGCUUCAGUUUGGCAUUGGCCUGAGGUUGAUGCAGCACCAAUCCAAACAUUUGUUAAUGCUGUCAAGAUGUACUUGAUGAUGAUCUGGUUAAACUGGACCAGUUACCUAUGGGAGGUUGUAUUUCUGCAGCUAUCAUAAGAAUCAUUCUCUGAUGAAUCUUCAUUGAGGGUAUUCUGUGCCAAUCUGGAGGAGCCCAGGUCUAUAAUGAAGCUGGGACUGUCUAUGGUGUUGGUAGGACAUGUGAACUUCCUGCUGGCUGCCUUGGUGCAUGGCACUGUAUUGAGGAAUGUCAGCCUCAAUCCCCAGACCAUGGAGUACGCAGUUGCCAACAUUAUAGCGCUGGCAGCUGGCCUAGUGGGUGCUGUUGUUGGAAUACUGGCUAUGGUACUUUCUAAGCAUGAGAAGAGUCGGGGACUGGUAUGGUCUGUGUGCAUGCUGAGUGCAGCCAGUGGUCUGCUUGCUGCUGCCUCAGUCAUAGGGCUGAUAGUUUCCAUGGUGUGGACCAUCAAUCAUGGCAGCAAAGGUCUUCUUGACCAGUGCAACCUGCCUGAUGGCAUAAGCUCCUUCAGUAUCACAGAUGAGUGUCCCUUUGACCCCACCCGUAUUUAUAGUACAACUCUGAUCCUUUGGGGGCCAUUGAUUCUGAUGAGUGUGGUGGAGGGGGUGUUCUCAGGCCGCUGUGUAGCAGUCUGUAUCUUCUUCCUCCACUGCAAACCAAGAACUCACUAUGAAGCCAAAUCGGUGAAGACCCUUAGAGCAGCUGAGCCUCUGGUACUCCCCUGUCAUGCCCCCCCACCCUGCUGUUGCCGAGGAAACGGAGUGGCGCGGCAGCUGGAGUGGCCCAAGGAACAUCAUGAGCUCCUGCACACGUCGCAUCUGUACAGCUCGACCCGCUCUGCCCCAGCGGAGAGCUCCUCCCCCAUCUUCAACAGGGCUGCUCUGAACAGGGCCAGCUUCUGGAUCUAAUUAUGAGCCUUGCUGCUGUUCUGGCCAGACUGGUGUCCUACUGCAGUAAAGGUCAAUAGAGUGUUCCUGUAACUGGCACAUUCCUCAAGAGUUUUACUGUUGAGACACGCCGUUCUUGUCAACUUGUUUACUUUAAAAAGGCCUUGCUGCCAACUGUGUAGGGGAUUCGGUGCGGGGAAAGCCAAACUUCCACAUGCUGCCUGGCAGGUUAUGUGUGUGUGUGUGUGUGCGUGUGCGCGCGCAUGCGUCUGCAUGAACGUGUUUGCGUGUGUGUGUGUGUGUGUGCGUGUGUGUUUAAGUUCAUGUGGAACAUACUGAGCCUGGAAUAAGAAGUUCAAUAAAUUAAACUGAUUGGCAUAUGUCCUGUCCUUUUAAUAUUGGAACUGUGUGUUUUUGUGUAUGUCUUUUACAAAGAGAUUAGUGUAUAUAUAUUUUACCUUAACAAAUGUUGGUCUUCUGAGAUUCUUGAAUCCAUUAAACACAAUUUAGCACAAA